AUGGCAGAAGAAACAACAGAAAAAGAAGCCUUUAGUCGUUGCGCGUCAGUGACUGUGUUCAGUGAGCGAGGAUGCUGCACGAGCUUCUCCUGGCGCUGCUGGGCUACACCGGCGAUCUCAUCGUCGACGAGAGGGAGCAACUCCACUCCCUCGGCGCCCCCCUCUCCCUCGACGCCCCCGUCUCCGACGAACGCUCCUUCAGGCUCGCCCCCGACAUCUCUUUCAUCGAGACCAGCGACAGGGAUCUCAUUGAGAGGCUCAUCACUCUCGGCUUCUAUUACAGAGAGCUUGAUCGUUUUGCAACAAAAUCCCGGAACUUGAGCUGGAUCCGAUCUCCAGGUGUAUCUCCCUUGGAGAGAAUUUCUGAGCUGCAGAAAGGAAAGGCAGAAAAGCCAAGCGUGUACCACAGAGCCAUUGCAAAUGGUAUUGUUGAAAUACUGUCUAUCUACAGGUCUGCAGUUCUCCAGAUUGAGCAGAAGUUGUUGGCAGAAACUUUGCCCAUUCUGGCUACUGUUACUCAAGGAUUAAAUAAGUUUUUCAUUCUCUUGCCACCUCUCUACGAGCUUGUUCUCGAGAUUGAGCGUAAUGAUAUCCGUGGAGGACAACUACUUAACCUGUUACACAAGCGAUGCCAUUGCGGGGUGCCUGAAUUGCAAACAUGCAUUCAAAGGCUUCUUUGGCAUGGGCAUCAAGUCAUGUACAACCAACUUGCAUCAUGGAUGGUUUAUGGGAUUUUACAAGACCACCAUGGAGAAUUCUUCAUUAGAAGGCAGGAAGAGAGAAGCCUAGAGCAUGGCUCAUCACAGACAGAUGUUACCAAAAAAAUGGCUCACUUGUCAACUGAUGAUAUAUCUUUGACAGAUUGGCACCUGGGAUUUCAUAUAUAUUUGGAUAUGCUGCCAGAGUACAUACACAUGCGUGUCGCAGAAUCAGUUCUAUUUGCUGGUAAAGCUGUCAGGGUUCUUCGUAACCCCAGCACUGCUUUUCGGUUUCAAGAUUCUAUAUCUCACCAGCAAAUGCCCAAAGGCUCUCAGAAAGCUCAAGGGUUCACAGGCCGGUUUCUUUUCCAGAAGGGACCCUUAGUAGACUCAAAGCUGACAGGAGAUGAUUUACUUCCACAGUCCGAGGCUGAUAAGAUUGAAGCAAUGCUUCGGGACUUAAAGGAGUCAUCAGAGUUUCAUAAGAGAUCAUUUGAAUGUGCUGUUGACUCUAUACGAGCUAUUGCAGCUAGUCAUCUUUGGCAGCUUGUGGUUGUUCGUGCUGACUUGAAUGGGCACCUCAAGGCUCUAAAAGAUUAUUUUCUUCUAGCAAAAGGAGAUUUCUUCCAGUGUUUUCUUGAGGAAAGUAGGCAACUGAUGCGCUUGCCACCUCGUCAGUCAACUGCUGAAGCUGAUCUUAUGGUCCCCUUUCAGCUGGCAGCAAUAAAGACCAUAAGUGAGGAAGACAAAUAUUUUUCAAGAGUAUCUCUGCGAAUGCCUUCUUUUGGACUCUCCGUAAAAUCCUCCCAAUUAGACAUAUCAAGAGGAAAAGCAAAUGCUGGCGGAAACUCUGGUGCCAUGUCAGUAAAUACUUCCUCGGAAGCGUCCCGUGAUGGAUGGGAUGGUAUAUCUCUGGAUUAUUCUGUUGAUUGGCCCCUAGGACUGUUCUUUACUCAAGAAGUGCUCUCCAAGUAUCAAAAGGUUUUCCAGUAUCUGCUGCGGCUUAAACGGACACAAAUGGAAUUAGAUAAAUCAUGGGCUUCUGUGAUGCAUCAAGACCACAGAGGAUUUGUCAAGCAUAAAAGUGAUAAUACGAACUCAACGCCUCGGCGGCAUAGGCAACACUUCAAACCUAUGUGGCGUGUUAGGGAGCACAUGGCAUUCCUGAUAAGAAAUCUUCAGUUUUAUAUCCAGGUUGAUGUCAUAGAAUCCCAAUGGAAUGUUCUGCAAGGACGCAUUCAAGACUCUCAUGACUUCACGGAACUUGUAGGCUUCCAUCAAGAGUACUUAUCGGCUUUAAUUUCACAGUCAUUCUUAGAUAUUGGUUCUGUCUCGAGGAUACUGGACAGCAUAAUGAAACUAUGCCUCCAGUUCUGCUGGAACAUUGAGAACCAAGAAAGCUUCACGAAUUCAUCUGAACUGGAGCACAUUACAGAGGAAUAUAACAAGAAAUCCAACUCCUUGUACACCAUUCUCCGUAGUAGCCGACUAGCUGGGAGUCAGAGGGCCCCAUUCCUGAGGCGUUUCCUUUUGCGUCUCAAUUUCAAUUCAUUCUUCGAGGCAACCGCAAGAGGAGUUCUCAAUGUCGUCAGACCUCGGCCUGCUCUCCCGGUUCUAAAUCCACAAUAGAACAGAAAAUCCGAACUGAUCACAUCUGCUAUUAUGUGCCCGUGUUUUACUGCCCAGGUUCUCUCACGUUCUUCAGUCAUCGAUAUCCGUUUCCUCUAUCGUCGCUGUCUGACCUGAGUGUGUCAAAGCUCGGAAGCUUGUGUUGCUAGUUGAAUAUGACUCUGAUGGAUGAUUGGGUCAACUAUUAGAACAAAACUAUGUUGACAUUUCAAUGGUAAUCCCCGUUGAGGUUUCUUUCAAUUGCAUAAGCAGUUUUGAGCUCAGUUCCACCUUUAACUCUCAGUUGGGUAGGUUGCCUCACUCCCCAUAUAUCGGGUCCGGCAAAGUUCGUUCACUCAGGUGUUACAAUGGAGGAAAUCCUUGUAGAGCACAGGGCUGUUGGGUUUAUUUGAGUUGAUUGGGUUUGCAAUCUGUAAGCUGAGGUUUUGUUUGCCUGUAAAUUUGAUUUGUGUGAUUAAUUUGUAGAGUUAUGCGCAAUUCAUUUUGUAAGCCGAGGUUAUGUGCUGAUCGUGCAUGCACACGUGUUCUAUAGAUAAAACUUUUGGCAAGAGGACAUUGUCUUUGUUUGAUCGAAGAUAGCAGAAACAGAAUCGCUUAUAGGCAUCAUUUUUUUUU